CGUGUGCGUGAGUAUUUGCGGGUGGGACCGCGGCGGCUCCUGUCAGAGCGCGGAGCUCCGGUUUGGACCUCUGAAGUGAAGCACAUCCGGUGUUCGGCGGCUCCGCGCUGCCUCCCGGUUCCUCCCGGUUCCUCCCGGUUCUCCGUAGGACUGCUCCGGGACCAGCAGCGGCUCCUUUCCCGUCCUCCUCUCUCCUCCUCCGCGCUUCUCUCCGCUCCGGGAUGGACUGAGCUCGUCUUCACCUUUCCCUCCGCCGGUGACGCUUCGGUGGGAGUUCCUGUGGGAGGGAGCAGCAGCUCAGGCUCCGCUCUUCGCUCUCUUCUCCCCGCUGCUUCCCUUUUCUCCUUCCUGGGCUUUUAUUUUUCGCCGCGCACUCCUGUCCAGGCUGCAGCUCCGACAUGGGGCUGUCCGUGCAUCUGCUGCUCCUGCAGUACUAUCUGCUGUCCAGCUUGCUGUGCAACGCGGUCGCCUUCGUGGAGGAGCCGUCCGGAGGCAGGGCGGACGGCUACUGCGGGAGGAUCCUCCGGGCGCAGACCCAGGGCACCCGGAAGGAUGGGCACCACGAGUUCAGGCUGCGGGUGGACGGCGACCCGGAGAGCUACCAGCCGGGCAGCACCUACAGAGUCGUCCUCUUGGCCACCAGCCCCUCUUACUUCCGAGGAUUCACCCUGAUCUCGCUGAAGGAGGGCCGGGAGGGAACGACGGACGACGACUACACCGGACAGUUCCAGAUCGUUGACGAAGACGACACUCAGUUCAUGACCAACUGUCCUCCGGCGGUGACGGAGAGCACGCCUCGACGACGCACCAGGAUCCAGGUUUUAUGGACGGCGCCCCCUACUGGGUCCGGCUGCGUCAUCCUCAAGGCCAGCAUCGUCCAGAAGAGAAUCAUCUAUUUCCAGGACGAAGGCUCGCUCACCAUCAGACUGUGUGAGAAAGAGAAUCUGUUGGGUGAAGCUACAGAAGCUCCGGCCAUCGAGUGCUGCGCCUGUGGAACCGCCAAGUACCGGCUGACUUUCUACGGGAACUGGUCAGAGAAGGUUCAUCCCAAAGACUAUCCCAGACGAGCGAACCACUGGUCGGCUCUGAUCGGAGCGUCUCACUCCAGAGGAUACGUUCUGUGGGAAUAUGGCGGCUACGCCAGCGAGGGAGUCCGGCAGGUCGCAGAGUUCGGUUCUCCGAUCAAGAUGGAGGAGGAGAUCCGACAGAAGGGAGAUGAGGUUCUGACUGUGAUUAAAACGAAGGCCCAGUGGCCGGCGUGGCAGCCGCUCAACCUACGAGCCGCUCCGUCAGCAGAGUUCUCGGUGGAUCGGACUCGACACCUCAUGUCCUUCCUCACCAUUGGACCGAGUCCGGACUGGAACGUUGGGCUUUCAGGAGAAGAUCUGUGCACCAAGGACUGUGGUUGGGUCCAGAGGUUGGUGACGGACCUCAUACCCUGGGACGCCGGGACCGGGGGAGUCACAUAUGAGUCGCCCAACAAGCCCACCAAUCCUCAGGAGAAGAUCCGGCCCCUGACCAGCCUGGACCACCCCCAGAGCCCCUUCUACGACCCAGAGGGAGGCGCAAUCACUCCGGUAGCCAAGGUGGUGGUGGAGCGUAUCGCUAGAAAGGGAGAACAGUGCAACGUGGUGCCCGACACCAUCGACGACAUCGUGGCCGAUAUCGGACAGGAGGAGAAGGAGGAAGACGACACUCCGGAGACGUGCAUCUACUCGGGCUGGUCGCCGUGGUCGGCCUGCAGCAGCGCCACGUGUGAAAAAGGUCGCAGGAUGAGGCAGAGGAUGCUGAAGGCUCAGCUGGACCUCAGCGUACCGUGUCCCCACACCCAGGACUUCCAGCCCUGCAUGGGCCCCGGAUGCAGCAUGGAGGAGCCGUCGACCUGCAUGAUGUCGGAGUGGAUCAGCUGGUCGGCCUGCAGCGCCUCCUGUGGGAUGGGGAUGAGGUCCAGAGAGAGAUACGUCAAACAGUAUCCUGAGGACGGCUCUCUGUGCCAGCUAAACACCGAGGAGACGGAGAAAUGUGUCGUCAACGAAGAAUGCUCUCCCAGCAGCUGUGUGGUGACUGAGUGGGCCGAGUGGGAUCCCUGCAGCGUCACCUGUGGGAUCGGCAUGAAGCGACGUGAGCGGAUGGUGAAGAUGCCUCCCAUAGACGGAUCCAUGUGCAAAACCGAGGUGGCCGAGGUGGAGAAGUGCAUGAUGCCGGAAUGCCAUACGAUCCCCUGCAUGUUGUCUCCGUGGUCGGACUGGAGCGACUGCAGCGUAACGUGCGGUCGAGGAGUUCGAACACGUCAACGGAUGCUAAAGUCGGAUCCUGCUGAGUGCACUGAGGAGCUGGAACAGACGGAGAAGUGUAUGCUGCCGGAGUGUCCGGUCGACUGCAUGGUCUCUGAGUGGUCCGAGUGGUCCGAGUGCAACAAGUCCUGCGGUAAAGGACACACUAUUCGGACCCGGAUGGUGAAACUGGAGCCUCAGUUCGGAGGCAGCGCCUGUCCUGAAACCAUCCAGAGGAAGAAAUGCAAGAUCAGGAAGUGUCGGCCGAAGACGAAGGAGGAGAGAGGAGGAGGAGGAGGAAACAGGAGGAGACGAGGGAAACAGGGACGAGAUUCAGCCGUGGAGGAGCAGCCAGCCGGUUGCCGGAUGCAGCCGUGGAGCAGCUGGACGGACUGCACCAAACACUGCGGCGGGGGGAUCCAGGAGCGGUUCAUGACGGCGAAGAAGAGGGCGAAGGGCAGUGGGACGGCGGGCUGCAAGGACCGCAAGGAGAUCCGAGCGUGCAACGUUCAUCCCUGCUAGGGGGCGCUGCCGAGCCGCAGACCUGGAAACACCAGCGGGCUGUUUAUUAAAGAUGACGGGGUUUGAUUUAUCUGUGUACAGCGAGGCGAGGGCAGGAGGACGGGGUGGUUUGGGGCGAAUAUGAGGAGUUUAGUUGAAACGAAGGAAGAUGUGCUGUUUAGUGAAGCCAUUGUAGACAUUUAGUUAACAGGGCUGACUUUUACUUUAGACCACGGUGGAAGUUUUAGAGAGAAACGUCUGUGUCCUGCAAAAAAAAACAACUUUCUAAUCAUUUUCUCUACUUCUGGCCUCUAGUGAACUCAAGAGUUUUCUGGGAAUUUUCACCUAAAGUCUGGGAUUUUUGGCUCAAAGACACCUUCCAUGAACCUUUAAAUGUGUCAUAACCAGAUCUCUUUUCCUCCAGUUAUUUUUUGCCUUAAGCUUCUUGCAGAGUUACACAAAAAAAUCAAUAGUACUCUCAGUCUGGUGUUAAAGUUUCCACAACUGUGACUCCGCUUUAGUCCCUGAGAGUAUACAGACUAUUAAUGGACGUCUGCUACCCUUUAGGGGCUUUUAAUGUCAUAAGGGCAACAAGUGUUGGAGUAUAGAUGCAGAUCUACAGUAGAUGAAUAAAGUAGACCUAACGUAGUAGAAUAAGAAGAACUACUGGUGUCUGCAGCUGUUCUUGUACAAGGAACUUCAUCUGUCGGGUAGAUUUGAAGCUAAAAUUCGUACAAGACUUGAUCAAAAAGUUUCAGGGCUGUGCCUGGAGUGCAACAUGUGGUAGCAGUACAGACGUUUUUGUGACCACUUGUUGGUAGAUUUGGGAUCUUUGGCUCGUGAGCUGAAACAAAGACGCCUUCUACGAAGCUUUUAAUGCUUUUAAUGCUUUUAAUAACCGGAUCUACUUUAUUUUUAAAUUUCCACAAGUUAUUUUUCGCACUAAGCUUCCUGCAGAGUUACACAAAAAAUCAAUAGUACUCUCAAUCUGGUGUUAAAAGUUUCCACAACUGUGACUCUGCUCGAGUCCCCGAGAGUAUACAGACUUUUUCUGGACGUCUGCUACCCUUUAGGGGCUUUUAAUGUCAUAAAGGCAACAAAUGUUGGCAUAUAUAUGCAGAUCUACAGUAGAUGUGUGAAACAGAACUAAAAAUGGUAGAAUAAGAAGAACUACUGGUGUCUGCAGCUGGUCUUGUACCAGGAACUUCAUCUGUCGGGUAAAUUUGAAGCUGCAGUUUGUACGAGGCUUGAUCAAAAAGUUUCAGAACUGUUCAUGUACAGAUGCUUUGUGACCACCAGUAGGUAGAUUUGUGAUUUCUAGAUGGAGCUGAAUCUGCUUUAAAGAAGAAAACAUCAGAUUCAGGAUCAUUCAGCAGCUGGAUGAUCCAACCUUCAUGUUUAGGACCAUCGACCAGAGGAAGGUCUGCAGCUACCGUCAUUAGAAGAAACACCAGUUUACCAGUGGAAGAGUCGUUGCUUUCUUCAGCGUUUACAAAGUUCUGCAAGGAGACAUCCCAAGACAGAGUUCUUCUGUAGCAUCCUGAGGUGUCUGAGGAAAAACAUUCAGUCACAACACCGAUGCACAAAUUUUUUGGACACAACGGCACAAUCGUAUCUGCCCUGCUGGGUAUAUUUGACUCUUUCAAACUCAAUUCGAAGAAGUGCUUUUCUGACAUUAUUUAAGAGAUUUAGUGCUCAUGACAGAUGGCGUUGAAUUGAAUUUAACAGCGGUCUUAAUGUCGAUAGCACAAUGUCAUAUGACACCAUGGACAGUCUUGAAACUUUCUGAUCGACCCUUGUAGCUGUUUGUAGAUCUGUUACUCACCAGAUCUAGACUUGAGAUGUAUUUUUGCCAUUUUGUCUUUGAUUAGCUACAAAAUCUUAGCAGCAACCUAUCUGUUAAAAAUGCUACAUUUUGCAGAGGAUAUGGAUCGGCUGAUGAGGCAUUCUAGCUUCAUUUUUUUGAUCAAUUAGUGAUUUUGAUAACAGUUCUCGCCUUGUGAUGAUUUAAAGAACUCCAAACAAGCCAAAGUGUUCAUUAAAAGGCAGUGUCAGACCAUUCUAGAUAGAUAGAUAGAUAGAUAGAUAGAUAGAUAGAUUAAACCUUUAUUAAUCCCACAGCGGGGAAAUUUACAGUCCAGAGUACUGUUGGUUGAUCUUUCGCUGAACAUCACCUGAGACAAUCAUAAUUGAAAAUCUGAGCUUUUUUCCCACUCCAACAACAGAGUGAUUGUAAGGUGCAAUCCGACCAUUCUAGUGUAAUUUUUCAGCUUAGCAAAACACAAAACAGUUUGCCUAAAAUUCUCUUUUUAACACGUUGUGUGUUAGUAUGCUGAAUAAUGCAGCAUUUUACAGAUAGUUUCUGUUGUCAAAAAGUUCCAAUCAAAGAAAGGCAGAGUAGCUGCUUUUGCGUUCUUUGUGCUAAGCUAAGCUAAGCUAACUAGCUGCUGGCUCAAGAUUCAGAUUGACUAUCUGGUUUUUAAAUCCAACUCACAGCAUUCCCAUAAAGUCAAACUUCUUCUUUAGAAGUGUCUUCUGUUUGUUGGAACUUCAUUUUUCCACUUGAUUACAACCUAAAUCUUUUUCUUAUUAACUAUCAAUAGCUUGAAACUUCAUUUUUGGUGAGAAUUCCCAGAAUUCCUGUGGGGAAAAAAACACCCUGCGGAGGUAAUACGGAUUAAAAAAUAGACAAAAAUCUACAACUAUAACUUUUUAAAAUAUAUUUCAAGCUCCCAACUGUGAUUAAAUUGACAGAAAGGUAAAUAAACUGAACAUUUUUUUUGCAAGACACAGAUGCUAGCACAGGUUUUUGCGUAAAGACUUCUGGAUGUACUGUACAUCUACUAUCUAACCAACACGUAUAAAUGACACUGCUAUGUAAUGACUAAAAACCACUUUCCCUACUAGACAGACACAUUUAAAUGGAGAUGUUUUAUACUGUUCAGAUUAGUCUUUAUAUUCUGUACUGCUGUUUAUCUGUCGUUUCAGCUGAUGUAGCAUUAAACUCUCUUUCUUUAGCAUGUGCAAGGAGGACUUCUUUUGUUGUUACCGCUUUUGGUUUGGACUCUAGGCUUUAUCAGCUGUACUUGUUGUCUUAAAUGACUGUAUCUGCCUUUGUUGGUUCCUGAAAACCCAAACAGACGGAGCCUUAGAAGCGUCACGUUGAGAAAUUAGCGAACAUAGAAGCUUCUACAGUAUCAAAGCUGUAGUUUAGCUCAACAUACAGUAGACUGUUACCGGGGCCUCGGUUACUGCACUCCUUAUUUCCAUUUAAUGCUUUUUCUAUUAUUGCGCUUUUCAUUGCCAUGAUAAGUGAUCUGUAAAACCUUCUUUUCUUAGGAUUACUUAGCUGAUUAUGUUGCAGUUUUUUUAUUCUUUUUUACGUCAUCACCACCAAAGUUCUGUUUUCUGUACAUGUUUUGGGUUUUUUUUAGUUUACAGGCCUCUUUCUGUUAUUUCUUUGCCUCUGCAUCACGUGACUAUUUUGUAAGAAACCACCUUUACAAUAAAAAAAAGUAAAUGUGAAAACCGUC